ACCUUGUGACCGUCGCAAAAUUGAAUCGGAAAGACACAGUCCAAGUAUCGAGGCACCAUGUGGCGGUGUCGACGACAGGGAUCGCCACAUACUGAAGACAAGAUGUUCUGGCAACUCGAUUUGCAUUGCCAGACACUCGCACUCCUUGCCAAUCGCCAAUUGUUCGGUCACCUCACGGACACUUUGCCACAUUACCAACUCAACUCGCAAAUUUCAAGCGAAAUUUGCAACAUGCAGCUACGGCAAAUUUCGCUCUUGUCGGCGGUCAUGCCGGCUAUGGCCCUUGCAGGCGGGGACACCUACUUCACCGGCGACGGCACGUCGUACACGCUCGGACAGGUAUCCGCUGGCAAUUGCAACUUCAUGUACGACCCCGGCGUCGGCGACAACUACGCCGCACUGAAUAAUGAGCAAUGGGACUCGACGCACAACUGUGGCCGAUGCGCCGAAGUCUCGUGUGACGACGCGAGAUGCAGCGACACGACCAGCACUCAGGUCGUCUACAUCGUGGACAGGUGUCCGGAAUGCAAGCAAGGCGACCUGGAUCUCUCCCCGACCGUGUUUAAGACACUCACGGGCAGUGACCCGUCCCGCUAUACCAUCAAGUGGAGGUUCGUGGACUGUCCCGUGAGCGGUAACAUCGAGUACUGCACGAAGAGCGGCAGUAGCAGCUCGUGGCUGGCCAUUCAACCUGCAAAUUUCGCCAACGGCGUCGCCAGCAUGAAAAUCGCCAACCAGGACGUGACGAUGGUGGACUCGUGCUACUACUAUCUGCUAAACGGCGGAUCGAACGUCGACAUGUCGGCGGUGAGCGUCGAACUCACGUCAUUCUCAGGUGAGACCAUCACCGAGACGCUGUCGCUCACGGCCGACAAUUGCACAGAGGGCACGUCCAACUUCGGAGCCAGCACGACGCAGCAGAGCUCGACGCAGCAGAGUUCGACCAGCCAGACCGCCCCCGCGCCUACAACUGCACCGACUGCCGCUCCUACGACUGCUCCUCCGACAACUCCGGCGCCGGUGCCUACUACUGCCGCACCGACCGCUACGACCGCGACGCCCACGUCGUACUCAAGCAGCAGUUCAUCUCAGACUCAGACCCAGCAGACGUCGUACACCUUCACGAGCAGCAGUGCAUCUCAGUCUCAGACUCAGCAGAGCGAGGUGAGCAACUACUUUAACCGGCUGACAAACAGCUCGAGCUCGACGACCUACAAGGCCGGAAAGGUGACGGCCGCCGACGAGUCAGGCAGCGACGUGUCUAUUCUACAAUCCAGUGAGGCCGGCGUUGAAAAGACGUCCAGCGUUCAACAGCAAGACGACGAGACGGACGACACCAAGCAGGCAAGUACCAAGUCUGCGGUGGAGGCGUCGGGCACGAGUCCGGUCGUUGUCGCACUCAUCGUCCUGGCCGUCGUGGGCGGCAUCGCCCUGGCCGCCGUCGCGUACGUCGUCAAGAAGAAGAAGCUGGACGACAAACGGAUCGACCGCGACGAAGCCAUGAUCCGGUCCUUCGACACGUUCAGCUCUCCCGUGGAAAUCAACGCGACCAACAUUGCCAAGAUUUAAAGACACUUUUGCACUUAUUCUUCAGAGUAUACAUGCAAAUUGUGCAGUGGUUGCGUAAAGUGUACAUCUCGACUUGUAGCGUUAAAAAUGCGUUCAUUUCGUUAUUUUCCGUUUUGAAGGGGGGUCAGUGGCAAUGGAACCGCUCCCGUUCGUACACUGCAGCAUGUUAUGAAAUAUAGCUCUGCUCUUGAUAUUCGU